AUGUUAAUAUUAAUCGAGACUCCUGCAGGAUUUGCCCUCUUUUAAGUUGCUAACACUAAGGCACUUAGCAAAAUUGAUAAUAUCUACGAUUACUUGCAAAAUGAGAAGCAAGCUAAAAAAUUGAUUACCCCUUUUGCUUUCCAACAAUUUAAGGAUACAUAAGAAGCUCUCGUUGCCACUAGUAAGCUUAUUAAUGGUAAGAUCCCCAAGAAACUCAGUAAGUUUUUGGAAAAGAAUGUAAUUUCACAGGAAGUUUAAGAUUAAAUUGCAGUUUAAGAUAAAAAACUAGCUAAACAGAUUCAAGAUUAACUGGGAUUGACUUGCGUUUAAACCCCAGUCACAGAACAACUCUUUAGAGGCAUUAAAUCACAACUAACCAAUUUAAUUGAAGGCUUAAGUGAAGCUGAACUCAAAAACAUGACUUUGGGUUUGGCACAUGGUCUAUCUAGAUACAAGCUCAAAUUUUCAACUGAAAAAGUAGACACCAUGAUCAUCCAAGCUAUUGCACUUUUGGAUGAUUUAGACAAAGAAAUUAACAAUUACAUGAUGAGAUUGAGAGAAUGGUUCGGAUGGCAUUUUCCAGAAUUAGGCAAAAUCAUUACAGAUAACCUAAUAUAUGCUAAGGUUGUUAAAGCCAUUGGUAUGAGAAUCAAGACAAGCUAGACUGAUCUUUCUGGCAUUUUACCAGACAAUCUAGAAGCAGAUGUCAAAUAGGCUGCAGAAGUGUCUUUUGGUACUGAAAUCACACUUGAAGAUGAAAAGUUCAUUCUCUGUUUGGCUGACUAAGUCAUCGAAUUGACUGAUUACAGAGCCUAAUUAUCAGAAAUGUAAGCUAUCGCCCCAAAUCUUACAACUAUGGUUGGAGAAUUAGUAGGAGCAAGAUUGAUAUCUCAUGCUGGAUCUCUGGUUAAUCUAGCUAAAUACCCAGCUUCUACAGUAUAAAUCUUAGGAGCAGAGAAAGCACUGUUAAAAGCCAUUAGAACCAAACACAACACACCAAAAUAUGUUGGAAGUGCUCCUGCUAAAUUGAAAGGUAAAGUCUCCAGAACAUUAGCUGCUAAAACUGCCUUGUGUAUUAGAUAUGAUGCUUUAGGUGAGGGAUAAGAUGCUGAAUUUGGAGUCACCAACAAAGCAUUCUUAGAAAAGAGAGUUCAUUAAUUAGAGGAAGGAGUGAACUAUAGAGAUGUGAAAGCACCAUAAAGAGGAAAAGCCAAGCCAGUUUCCAAUUAAGCUUAAUAUUAAGAAGAAGCAGACUUCUAACCUUAGGGAGCCUCAUGGAUGUAGAAAUUCCAAAAAGGUGAAGAUAAAAGAUAGGCCUCAUAAGAUUUAGCAUAAAAUUCAAAAUUCAAGAAGGUGAAAUAGUAAUGAAAGUACAUUAUGUAUAAAAUAUAAAAACCUCUACAUUGGUC